UUCACAUGGCGCGCGCUGAAGACGGACCGGCCGGACAGUGUCGGCGGCCUUGUGUGUUUUAUGCUUGGUCACCGCACAUACUCGCUACAGUUCAGUCUUUUUGCUCUGACGUCUACACAUACAACCGGUCAGUCAACAGCAGCAGAUUGACUGACCUAUAGGCCUAUGACUGACCUAUCCCUAUAGGCCAAGCCCAGCAAAGCUAAAGUCAUAUUUUCUUCCCAACCACCACAGUGGUUUGUUGCUCAUUGUUAUGAGCAAGGGUAUUUACUAAGGUCAACAAAGGUUGAUUGAAGUUCACCAGAACUCCGUCAGGCGGAUCGGAUGAUCAGUAGAGCAUGACCUUGACCAAUUCUAUUUGUGAAUAUUAUUCGUUGCAAUUGCUGAAAACAAACUGAUCGGAUAACACUACGUACUACAGUAGGUGGUCAAACCCAGGAUCUGGGCGAAACCGUGACGAGACGACAACUCCUUUAAGGUUCCGUUUGUCUUUAGAGACUCUUUACAAAUGUCUGGAAUUCAGGAGUCGGUGUCUUUCGUCAUCACUUCACUUGAUGUGGAAGAAAUGGAUGAUUAAAACGAAGCCUUUCAGAUUGUUCCUGCAAUAAGGUAUCGAAGUGCAAACUCUCACCGACACUUAUCAGCUGAACUUCUUAAACUGUUUCACCACUCACCAAGAUGUCAUUGACUGCUCAAUUCUCCAAGUGGUUUAGAUCUGUGACUUCAGGAAUCAAGAGGAGGGCGCGGAAUAAGACGGUCAUAAUCUUUGACAAAGAUGGCACCCUUAUUGAUGUUCAUUCUCAGUGGGCGCCAUGGAUACGAGGCAUAGUGACGAGCAUGAUGAGCAGAACAGACUUAAUCAUAUCUGACAAAGCUUUUACAAAAGUUGGAUUCGACGAUGGAGCCGGGAGAAUCCUACCAGGCGUUCUUGGCGAAGGCACUCUUGAAAUGGUCCAGGAGUGUCUGUCUGAAGUUCUCCAAGAAGAAGGGAUGUCUCCCUGUGAAGCGGAUAAAGUUGUCAGGGAAUGCAUAGAGGAGGGUGGUGCAAGGUUUGGUGAGACCAAGCCGAUCGGAGAUGUCACCAGCAUGUUCAAGAGACUCAAACAUAGCGGCUUCCAGAUCGCCAUAAACACGUCCGAUAGUAGAGAAGCAACUCUUGAUAAUCUACAUCGACUAGGCGUGUCAAAGCUGGUUGACAUCGCGGUAUGCGGCGAUGAUGAUUGGAUGAUUGCUAAGCCACACCCACUCUCUGCUUUCAUGAUAUGCGCCCAGCUUGGGGUUCAGCCGGAGAAUGCAGUCAUGGUUGGGGAUUCCCCCUGUGAUGUCAGACUGGGGAUAAAUGCUCAACUUGGCUGCUCUAUAGGUGUUUUAACUGGCAUAGCCGACCGGAAGGCCCUCGAGGGGGAUGCGCACUGUGUGGUUGACGAUGUUUCUGUCGCAACGGAUUUAAUCCUAUCCGGCGUAGGGAACAUACUGCAGAGGGAAGCGGCUGAAGCCGUUGAACCAAGUUGCACUCGGGACUCCAUAGUUGUAUCUUCAUAACUAAAUUUGAUAUUUGGUGAUUAUUUAAACUGUAUACUGUAGUUGUUUGUGUGGUGUGUGAAAUAAAGCAUAGUUCUUAAAAUUAUUUAUAUUGCUGAAGAGAUAGUAAAGCUGAUUCUACAGGUUUUUAACCUAAUUAAUGUGGAUAAUUUGUUUUUCAUUCAUUAUAACUUAGACAGCUGUUCAGCACUUAAAAGAAUUGCGCAGUUUAAAAUGAUGCACAGAAACAAAUGAAGGGAGAAAUAGAUAAUAAGAAGAAAGCUAUUUGAAGCCAGUGGGCAACAUCGAUUAUUGUCAAAGACCAGACCCCAAUGUCAUAGAGCUGCUUACCAGCCUGUUUUGUGGUUGUUAUCCGAGUUUCCAUACCCUAAAAAACGUAAACCCACAAAAAUGCUGUCACUACGAAAUCUCAAUAUCUAUCUAUCAGUAUUAACAUCUAUUUAAUCAAUUUAAAAAAUUCUGAGUUAUUUGUAUUUAAAUUCAGACCUUUUCCCCUCUGGUGAGUCACCAGGGGGAAAAAUCUGAAUUUGUACAAAUAACUCAGCAUUUUUGAAUUUUGACCCAUUCAUACAUGUAUGGAUGCUUCAAAGAAAAUGACAUGAAAAUAAUUGCAAUAUUAUUGUUUAUAAUUACUGAACUUUUAUUCUUUCACAAGCUUAAAGUGAUGUGAUAUAUGUAUACUGUAUAUUUUGAAUGUUCAUUUACUAUAUUAGUAAAAAUAUUCUAAUACUCUAUGAGUAUAUCAUACUGUACAUAUUUUAAUAAAGAAAACGUAAUAAAAUAUCUGGGGUUUGGAUGUUUUUAUAUAUUUUUUUUUAAUUUGGUGAAACAAUUGGGACUAAGGUACAAUAUCAAGCACUGUUUCAAUUCUAUUUCUGGCAUUUUGGUACUUAAUGUGAGUUAUGAAAACAAUGCCUUUUGUCACAUACUAUUGUAAGCAGAUUGUGCAUUGUCCAAAGUUCAUGUUCGGCAGUAAACCACAAAACUUGGCAAACUUCUUUUCUAAAUGUUCACCAACUUGCAUUCUUUGGCACAAUUUCAUAAAGCAAAAGCACAAUAACUUGCUAAUUUAAGCACAGAAAAAUAGGUUACUGGCCAAAAUAUAUAACAGUUACCAUUGCUGUGAAUAUUUCCAACUAAUUAAUUGCUUAGCAAACAAACUUGUUGAGCAGAAUUUCUGGCUGAACAGCUUGAUGAAAUUGGGCCCUGGGGUGGAGAUCACAAAGGUAGUCCUAACUUAGGACUAGUCCUAGGCAAAGC